AUGCAUCUAUCUAUCUAUCUAUCUAUCUAUCUGUCUGUCUAUCUAUCUAUCUGUCUAUCUAUCUAUCUAUCUCUCUCUCUCUCUCUCUCUCUCUCUAUAUAUAUAUAUAUAUAUAUAUAUAAUACGCACACAUACAUCAAGAAAUGUAAAAUCUUGAUUAUAUGUUCGCAUUGUUUAUAUCUAUCUAUCUAUCUAUCUAUCUAUCUAUCUAUCUAUAUGCAGAUAUCUACACAGAUUGCAUUCAUUAUCUAUCUAUCUAUCUAUCUAUCUAUCUAUCUAUCUAUCUAUCGAUCGAUCGGUCCUUACUAUCUAUCUAAAUCUGUUCAUAUCACACUCUCUCUCUCUCUCUCUCUCUCUCUCUCUCUCUCUGAGUAUGUUCCUAUCUAUCUAUCGAUCUAUCGAUUACUGUCUGUUCCUAUCUAUCUAUCUACCUAUCUUUCUACCUUUCUACCUACCUAUCUAUCUACCUAUCUCCCUCCCUCCCUAUCUCAGUCCCUUUAUACCUAUCUAUCUAAUUUUCUAUUUCGUUAG